AAAAUAAAGAAAGAGGCUACUCAUCCUAAUAUUUUCAAGUGAUUUCGAGACAUUUUCCACGUUUUGUCCUCUGCAAACCUUAUCUUUUUUUGUAACCAUAACAGAUGUUCCUGAAAACCUGUGCAUUUCAACUCGUAAAGCCACUGUUGUCUAAACAUUGAUAGAGUUAAGAGUUCAGAUCUAACAGAGAUAGGACUAAUAAGUUUUUGUACCGCAAAAUCUGAAGAUGGACGAAAUUCUGUUUCUUUAUAACUUUUAACAUUCAUUGGUUGUGUUUUAGAUUUUUUGUUUAUUCGAAUUUUUUGGAAAGCAAAUCAAGUGCGAGUUUCAAGCUAUAUGUCUUGAAAUGGAUCCCUGGGACUUACCCUGAGGUGACUUGAAUGUCAAGAACGCAGUCGACUGAAAAUACAUUUAUAAACGCACUACUAUUUGGUGUAUAGCACAGGACGGCUCUAAGUUGCUACUCCGAGUUUCACGCUCAAUUCGAUCACCAGGAGAAGAAAAGAAUAUAUAAAUUAGUAAAGAAAUACAAAAGUUGUAAGAUAUAUUGAAAGGAGGACGUAAUAAAUUGCUGAUUUAAUGAUUUAGUGCAGCUUACUUGUUUUUUCAAGGAAAUGAUUGUUGGAAAAAUGUUUUCAAUCAUAUUCUUCUUGACAAUCUAAAAGAGGCAAAGAUGAAAUAAUUCAAGUGUCAAUAGAUUUAAGGAAGGGGAAGAGCAUGGAUUUCAUUACAUGUAUUUUUGCAGUAUUUUGCCCGAAGUUGCGACAAAACCUGAAGUUGCGACAUUUUAGAUACCUAGUUUCCAGACCUUUACAUCAAACGGCGAAAGGAAGGUCCUUGAUGUAAAAUAUGUGUUGAAAAUUUUAAAUUGCUACAAAAGAUUUUUUCCAAAUAAUUUGUAAAAAUAUUUCUUGUAAUUUUUUUUGCGGCGAGAACCAACUAUUAAUCAUUCUGAGUACCUUGAAAAGUUUCCAGAAAAAUAUCUCUAGAUGUCCCAAAUUGUAGUUGUGUUAUUUGAGCUACUGAGAGCCUUUACAUUUACAUUUUACAUUUCUAAUUAUUCAGGCCCGGUAGCCCCGUCAGUCCACGAGUACUGCUUUAAGGGCGCCGUGACAAAAACAUUAAUAAGUAAUACGAUGAAUACUACAAAAUAAGAAUUGUCGUUCAUAGUUAGUUUUUGAUUCUUCUCUUAAAAGUGGCAAGGGAAGGUGCCUGUUUGGCAUUAGGUUCAAGUUGGUUCCAAAGCUUAGGUCCACGAAAAGAAAUAGCUCUCUUCCCAUUGUUUGUUUUCCGAAAGAGUAGCGAAAGAUCGAUGUCGGUAUUUCUCAGUUUUCUAACAUUUCGAGUCGAAUUUUUUCGAACCGGUUGGUAAGGUACUCUGGGACGAGUAGCUGUUCGCUUCUAAUAAUUUCAUCUAUAGUUGGGCAACCCAAACAGCGAAUCAGUGGCAUAGCAGGCGCAUCAACUCUGCUUUUAACUACUAUACUAGCUUCUCGAUUCUGCAGCUUUUGCAACGAUUGCAGUUUAGUCACCCAACAGCACCCCCAUACCGAACAGCAGAACCGAAAAUGGGUCUCGACGAUACCCCGAUACAUUUUACUCAACGUGUUUUGAGGUAAAAAUUUUCUGGAAUGUUUCAAAAAUCCGAUUGCACGAGAAACUGUUAACGUGUUCUUUCCAAUUUAAGCUUCUAGCGAUUAUCACACCCAGAUACUUUGUUCGGUCAACAUUUUCAACUUGAGAGUCACCAAUAAAAAACUGUGGAUGAUCAACUGUUUUACCAGUAAUUUUCUUAAUUUUAGGCUUGGGUCCUAUAAUCAGAGCUUGUGUUUUUAGAACAUUCAGAGAAAGUUUAUUACCUUGCAAUCAUUGCUUCAAAUCGUUCAGUUCACUGUUUAGAGUUGAUUCUGCUAAGCUCGAAGAAGAGUAAGAAAUACUUGUGUCGUCGGAGUACAUUGUCACUUUACCUUUUUUCAGAGAGAACGGGAGAUCAUUCGUAUAAAUCAGAAACAAUUGAGGGCCAAGACAUGAACCCUGGGGGACUCCACAGUGGAUAUCUUCGGUUUUAGAACAUACCCUAUCUACUUUGCAGAAUUGCUUUCUAGUUGUUAGAUAUGACGUAAACCAAGUAAGUUCUAGGUUCUUUGGCUGUGGAUCAACAAAAUUCCUUGCCGCAACCAGGAAGCAAAAUCAAAAGCCAUAAUGUACUUAAACUUUGCUUUUAAAUAUAAUGAUAACACAAUAUCUCUGUGGUUUUCACAAACAAGAGUUAUCCGAAGGUAAAUGUCAUUUUAUCGCCCCGGGGGACGAAACCAGCGUAAUAAGAUAUAAAAGCUCGACGACGGCUAUUAGAUUUCAUUUAAUCAAUGCUAUUUAAUCCUUUCUUUCAAUUUGUGUUUUCCACUACUCAAACUCCUUGAUAGUGUUUAGCCUUGACAAAUCAGGAAGUUUUCAAGCAAUGUUGCGGAGGCAGAUUUUUGCAACAGAAUGUGCAGUCGCGCCUGUGCCACAAGACCUGUAAACUGACCCCUCCCACUCAAUAUAUGCUUUCACUUUAGCAUGGUAGAAAGAGACAUCAAAACAACUCUCCUUGAGUAGUAGUAGGAGGCGGAAGAAAUGAGAUCUGCACAGAAGUCUUGGAAGUGGCUAACUGUAUAGCGCUUCCUUUCGAUAUGAUACAAGAACUACUCUAAGCAACUUUUCGAAAGAACUUGCCAAUGGAUAUCCACUGAGUUGGUAAUGGUUACUAAUAAGUGUACAUAUUAUGUAACCACGUACGCCAGGCUAAUGGUGACUGCAAAAGGGAGGGUUAGGUUGUGGGCAUAAGCCAAUAAACACUUUAUCUAUAAGAAUAUAGUCUAAAAGAAUAUUGAGGAUCAUACUCGCUGAAAUUGUAAAAUAAUUUAAGAAAAAUGCAAAGAUGAAGCUUCAUCAAGAGCUAAAUUGUUCGUUCAUUUGAGUUUUUUGGAAAGCAAAUCAAAAGCGAGUUUCACACUCUAUGUUUUGAAAUAGACCAAUCCGGCCUUGGAGUCAUUAACACUAUAAUGCGACUCAGUUACACCUUGUGUUGCUUAAGAAUAAACAAGAAUAACAUUGGGCUCAAAGUCUCAGAAAUUGAAGAAUAUUGAGGCACAAAAAAGAUUAGGUAUUCUUACAAAAAAAUGUAUAUUUACUAGACGUAUAGCAGCAAUACUCUAAUACUGAAGUGCAUCGGUGUAAAAAUAGAUUUUUAUAGCGUUUGAAAAUUUCGGUUGUCCUGCUACACCGAAAAUACAUCCCUUCGAAGUUUUUUGGUACUUAAUCUUUAGUGUUACGCCAUCACUUGUUUGGCCCAGCCCAAGAACUCAAACUAAGCAAUAUUGGAGAUUGACAACUGGCUGAUUUAACUCAAUGAAAACGAGGCCUUGUGACGUAGAAGAAUAAUCUCAUAAAUGCUGGUUGAUACUUUCUAGCUAUACUGCAUAACCGACGUUAUAUGUACGUAACGUCUCUCUACACAUUUUGGUUGUUUCUCUGAACACUUCGCAAGUCUUUUCUUGAUAUAAAUGACCAGCCAACGUUGUUCGCAAUCUUAGCAAGUACUCUGGAAAAGGUGGCUAUUCUUGUGGAAGCCAAAUAUUUGAUAAAAGGAUUACACGAUGGAAGUCUCAGAAUUGAUAACACUGCUUGGCGACCCUGGAAAAUUUCAAUCAGUGCUAUAUUUUCUAUUAUGGCUGUGCAAUUCAACUGUGGCAAUGAAUCAUUUGAUUAUGAGUGUCUUUGGCGCUGCACCACCACAUAGCUGCAAGUUGCCACCUGGGUUCAUGAAGAAUGCCACAACGACACCCUAUGCAGUUAGAAAUGGGAAAACGUUGAGCACGUUGGACUCUUGUAAAAUAUUUGAUGGUUUAAAUGCAACUUUGGGAAAGAGCAUCGGUUGCCCCGACGGAUGGAUAUUCCAAACACAGCCCCGGGAAUCUUCAAUUGUUACAGAGUGGACACUUGUCUGUGACAAAAAAUACAUGGGAAGUCUCGCAGUGACAAUCUAUUUUGCUGGUGUGAUGAUUGGUGGUGUUAUAUUUGGGAUGAUCUCUGAUCGAUUUGGUCGAAGAAGAGUGCUCCUAUUUACAAUGUAUGCACACAUCAUAUUUGGUGUUGCUGUAGCAUUCAUACCCAAUUACACUGGUUUUGUGACCCUACGAUUUAUUAUAGGCUUUCUGAUGCAGGGUCUACAAAGCUCAUCGUUUGUCCUCAUGGUCGAGAUGACCCCAAUCAGGCUACGGACAACGGUUGCUGGCCUUUUUGAGGUGUUUUGGGCUGUUGGCACUAUCUGGAUGGCAUCACUCUCGUGGAUGAUUAAAUCAUGGAGAGAUAUUCAACUUGCAUUGUGUCUGCCAAGCCUUGUCACAAUCAUCUACAUAUGGCUUGUCCCAGAAUCUAUUCGUUGGCAUAUUACUCACAACAAACAUAAAGAAGCGCUUGGAACAGCUGCAAAGAUCGCAAGUCUUAACAAAAAGCCCCUUCCAGGAGAUCUCAGUAUUGAAGUCUCGACCUCUGUUUGUGGAAAACAGCCAGCAGAUUAUAACAUCAUGGAUCUCUUUAGAACACCAAAAAUUAGAAAACGGGCAAUCAUAAUGUUUUAUAUUUGGAUGACGUCAUCUCUUGGUUACUACGGACUGUCUCUAAGUGCCUCAUCUCUUACUGGCAACCGAUAUUUAAAUAUCUUCAUCAGCAGCUUCGUGGAGCUUCCUGCAUUCGUAAUGAUCAUCUAUGUACUGCACAGGUUCGGUCGUCGAUAUCCCCUUUGCGUGUACUACACAGCCGGAGGUGCAUCAUGCAUAAUUGCAGGAACAAUCCCAAGUAAAACAAGCAGUGGAAGGGAUAUAAAGAUGGUGGCAACCGUCUUUGCCCUAACUGGAAAAUUUUUCAUUGCCGCUGGAUUUGCUUCGAUAUUUCUUUUCACCUCUGAACUAUUUCCAACAAUUAUAAGGAACGUUGCAAUGGGUGGCUGCACAUUCUGGACAAGAGCUGGAGGCAUGCUAGCGCCACAGAUUCUUCUUUUGAGCCACUAUACCUUCAAAGAGCUGCCCUUUUUGGUUUUCGGUGGUCUCUCUUUGGUUGCUGCAGGAGUGUCAUUGCUUCUGCCAGAAACACGUGGAAUCAAAUUGCCUGAUAUGAUCGAAGAUGUAGAAGGGUCCAAAUUUGUUGACUUGGAGCUGAAACAGACAGAAAAUGAUGCCGAAAUUUCAAACGAGGAUCUUAUCAAAGCCUAGCCGCGAGAGAAAUCCGAUUUUAGAUCAAACAAUUGAAUGCAUCAGAUAUUCAAAAUUUACUCCCCUUUUUUAAAAAUCUAAUUAAAUAUCAUAUUUAAAGUUUGAAAGGAUUGCAAUACAUAUUUUUUUCUAGUCUAGGGGAAUGAAAUUUACUUGCUGACGGACAAUAUAAUGUAUUGCAUACAUUAACUGGGGUUUUCGAUUUCAUUAAAUCCUUUCAGUAAUGAUUGUUUUAAGGGUAAAAUAAAUUGCUUCGGCAUAAUAAACGUGAUGGUGAUGAAUGUUGGCAAAUUUUGAUGAACAUAUUCAGUUGAAUCUCCCUUGACGCAUCGUCUCUUUGACAUAAAAUUAGUUUGGAAAUAUUGCAGUCGGUCCCAAAGCUUUGAUUUUGAUAAUGCCUUCUCACCAUGGACACAUAAUUUGCCUUCUUUUAGCGCGACGAAUUUUUGAGUGACCUUCGACAAUGUCUAGCCCCCUCCCCCUAGAACAUUCUCCUUGUAUAUUCAACUAACGCAAGCAGAUCACGUUUUCUAGUAGAUUUAUCCAAUGUUUUAUUUUGCUUCGUUGGCAAAAAAUAAGGAUAACUUAAGAACCUGCUCAUCCACUGAUGGAAAUUUAUAGCAUAAUGUUUUUGAAAUUUUCUCUCUUGUUAACCAAACAGAGCAGUAAUCAAUUAUUAAACAUGCAAUGGAAUGCUGUUAUUUUGGGAUCUUAGAAAAAAUUUAUUGUUUGUAGCUGUAGAAAAAAACAUGUUGAAUUAAGAAAAAUUAAGAACACCCGAGCUUUUAAUUCUAUAUAGAAAAAGAACAUCUAGCCCUGGCAAAAAACUAUAUGGUUCGUAUAAAAAGAGUGUGUUCGUUAACCCCCACCUCCCCCUUAUAGAGUUUCUUCUCCUUUUACCUGUCAAAUAACAAAAGUCAGCAGUUGGCCAUUCCAGAAUCCUUUUUUAUUCUAUUUAAGAACAUUGAUUUAGUUGAUGAAUUUUCAUUUCCAAUUCUUUGGUCGAAAUAUUAUUUCCUUGGGCACAGCGGUUCCUUAUGUUUUGGGGGAGUCCAAUAAUUUACAUGUAAAGUAAACUCUUUGUUGCUAGAUUAGUUUAGCACCCAGUAGAGCUUUGUAUUUCUCGUAUUGUAUUUUUAAUUUCAUAUACAACUAUUCUUAACAUCUUUCAGAAGUCUACAAUGAUUGUGUAGAUUUGUUUUUAUUGGUUCAUCAGCCACUUUGUAUUUA